AUGCACAUGACCAGUUUCAAUGAGACAAAGCAAGAGGGAGAUGCCGAGAGUAUCAAUGGUGGGUUGGGCAAGGGGGUACACGAGCAGAUCACUGGAAGUGCAGUACAGACACGUGAUGUUUUGAAGAAUCAUUUUAAUGACUUGAAGGCCAAGUUGACCAAACUGCUGGAUGAACGGUUAGUAUUGCUGCUCCAGGAAGUGGAUAAAAUUGAGCAGGAGAGCAUCAAGCCCCUCGACGACUGUCAGAAGUUAAUCGAGCAUGGUGUGAACACGGCUGAUGAGCUACUCCGAGAAGGAGAGGUUGCUGUGUGCUGUGGAACAGCACAGGAGGAGAAACUUGGAAACUUCACUAAAAAAGCUUUGCAAAUCCAACUUGACAGUUUGCCAGAAGUCCCUUCAUUGGUGGAAGUACCAUGUUUAUCAGCCCAGUUAGAUGAAAACUUGCUCAGUUUUGUCAAGGACCAAAUCUUCAGCCACGGAGCAAUCGCAUCUUGUCCUCCUGUUCAGAUAGAAGAACUGACUGAAAGGCCUGGAGGGAUUCUUGUGCAAUGGUGCAAGGAUGACGAUGACUUUGUGGCACAGGAGUAUCGACUGCAGUUCUGCAAAAGCUCUGCCUGCCAAUUUGAUGAUGUCUAUAUUGGACCCGACACCGAAUUUGUAGUUUUGCACAUUGACCCAAAUGUUAACUACACGUUCCGUGUUUGUGCACGGGGAGAAGGGCGUACGGAAUGGAGUCCUUGGAGUAUUCCACAGAGUGGGUACACCACUCUGACUGCACAUGAGUGGAUCACUGGUUGCGAAGGGUUUAGUCUCAGCAGUCGUAGAGACAUGGCACUUCGGAAUGAUUCUCCUUCAUCUGGUGUGUUGUACUCCAAGGAGCCCACUUACACUAGCGGACAGACUCUGACAUUUCGAAUGGAGGCGGCAGGACUACCAGAUAAGAGAGACAGUAUCGGAGUGUGUGUUGAGCCACAGAAUGAGUGUGAUUCCUUGCAAAGAGACAAGGCUGUUUGCAUCAGCUCAAAUGGGGCAGUAUUUGUAAAUGGAAAAGAAAUGACCAAUCAGCUGCCGUGUGUUUCCACUGGGUCAUCAGUGACCUUUGACAUGGAAGUUGUUAGCUUGGGUUCAGGUUUCAGCAAUGGUGCCAGUUUCAAACUUCGGGUGAUCAUAAGUUCUGGCAAUCGAGAAGUGGUGUUUGACUGGCUGCUUGAUCAACCCUGCGAAGCCUUGUAUUUUGGAUGUUCCUUUGUCUAUCCAGGUUGGAAAGUACUAGUAUUUUAGACUCUAGAACAGGAUGUUCGCCCUCAAGAUUUGGCUACUCAAAGCCUGUGCAACAGCUGAAGCUUCACAGUGAGGGAUGAUCCUAGUGUUCUAAUAACAAAUUCCCAUAGUUGGAAAUACCCUGAGCUUCAAGUAACUGUUUAAUCAAUAUUUGAAAAGAUUACAGAUGAUGUUUUAAGAAAGUCAUGUGGAAUGUACCUGAGCUCCUCCAGUGUUAAGAGUCCUGACGCUCCUGCCAUAAGCUCACUGUGGUGAUAUAGAAGUCUGCAAAAUCGCUAUGCUGACUCCAGUCAAGGAUGUGGGUGCUUGGUGCAUUGCCAAGAUGAAUUUUGCUGAACUCCCUGUCAUUGAUAAUUUGAGGAAACAAACAGUUGGCCUAAUGAGCCACUUUUCUUCUAUCUUACCAAGGCUGUGUAAAAGUUCUGCAUCUUCAGUUUAAAACCAUUGGAGCUACGGUAAUGUGUGAGAAGGAAAUAUCAAGUUACAACUUAUUUUGUACAACCUUACUAACUGCAGAUCAUUGCCGCUGAAAGGGUCUAGGCCCGAAACGUCAGCCUUCCUGCUCUGCUGAUGCUGCUUGGCCUGCUGUGUUCAUCCAGCUCUACACCUUGAUAUCUCUGGACAAGGUUAAUGUUGUCUUAACAGCACAGCAGAAAGAUUCUGUAUUCAAGCCAGGCCAGCAGUCAUGCUAUUUUUAUGUAAACUCUGAUCUGAACAAAUUACAAAUCUGCACUGUGAAAGUGUAAACAGUUUUACAUGGUCCAAAUUGGUACGGAACAAAAUUGUGUUGUCAUAAAAGAAACUCCUACAUGCCCCUGUGCCACAGAGACACAUUGCAGACUAAGUGUUAUUACAAUGGCCAGAGAAUCAACAGCCUGAAACCCUGUAAGAAUUUACAGCACAGAUACAGGCCAUUUAGCCCACCAGGACUAUAGCAGUAUUGAUACUUCCCACAUGCCUCCUCACUAUAAAUGUUCUUCAGUUACUUUCUGCCUCAUGUACUUGUGUAGUAUCCCUUUAAAUGUUGCCUUGCUGUUCAUCUUACCCAGACCAUGGUGAGGUGGAUCUGUAUAUUCAACUUGUUAGACCCUGUUUUUCCACUUCCUCAUCUGGCACAGGGUAAGUAAUGAGAACUGUUUGUUUGAAAAAAAAAUCGCAUCCUCCAUUUAAAAAAUAAAAUAUCCAGCCCAGGCAAAAGUCCAAGUUGUAAUCACUUUCAUGAAUCAGAUCUCAAAAUGUUAAUCAGCUGGAAUGCUGAAUUUGUCAUUCCUGUCUCAGCCAUUUGUUUUGUUUGACAUUUUGCCAUUCUAAUGCUCUAGUGGAUAAAUUCCCGAGUGAAAAUUUUAAGAUGUUAUUUACUGAGUUUUUUUUAAAAAAUCGGGCCUAAAAUUGUCAGAAGGUGAAGAGUAUUCCUUAUCACUGACAUUUUAAAAUAAAUGUAUACAAUUUCUUUCUGCUUAAGAUAUUUAGAAUUUUAAAGCAUGCAGAUAAUGAGCAUAGCCAGGCUGGCUAUCCUACAUGUUACUAUGAAAUUGCUGCUUGCAUGUUUUUGUAACAAGAGCAAAAACAAACAUUCAGGUGAAAUUAGGGAUAAUUAGAUAAUGGAUGUAUCUUGGUUCUGAUUUAAGCCACAGCUUUUAUCCAACUGAAUUUCUAUUUAAAUAGACAAACUACUUUUACAAACAACAAUGACAUUUUCCUGCCCUGUUGUAUCUGUGGAUGAAAACAAUGUAACAACAUUGUUUCUGAUAUGUGAACAUAAGUACAUUAAUGGGGAACAUUGUCUCAAAGUUUGUGUAGAGUGGUAUCUUACAUAUUUUUGUAUGUGUCAUUCACUGUGAACAAUUUUUUAAAAAUAAUGAGGGUGAAUUACUUAGUGCCUUUUACCAGUUCAGGCAUGAUUUUAAUAGAACAAUCAUGGUAUUUAGAAGUGCCUAUAUUACAUAUCAGUCAUGUGUUAUCUUAAAUAAUGACUGUAUAAUUAAUUAUACAGUCACUGCUUCAAGUACAAAUUUUAACAAGCAUUGGUUGUUUGAAUUGCUCUGGGUAAAUGUGGUCUGGUUAAAAGGUGCUAAACUAGUCUUAAGACGUAGGUUUCUCAUGUUUGAGCAAUGCCAAUUUAAAUCUAGCCUACAGGAGCAAGGGAGCAACCACUCACCUUCCAAGGCAGGUGGUAAACCAGUCUUGAUUGACAUAUAUUACACACUUCCCUGCUAAGGCUAUGUGGCAAAAAAAUUAAGGUCACACUGGGUAUGUAGGCUAUCAGCCAAGUUCAUCUGUGAAGAACAAUGAAGUCUGAGAGCCAGAAGCUGUGGAACUGUGCCUUUGAAGGAAUCACACUCCUUUCUCUUCUACCCCCACCCUCCACCACACCCAUUUGCAGCAGGUAGCAGUGAUUCAAACAAUUAAUGCCAGUUUGUUGGGGGGGAAGCCUAUUGUAAUCUGUCAAGAGGUAUUGCAUGCUUUCUUCCUUUGGGAAAAGUAUAUUUACUGUAAUACAAUACCAGCCAGUUGAUCCAUGCACUAGAAUCUUUAUUGUAAGUGUUUUAUUCACUCCAAAACAAAAAGAAACCUCCAGGUUGAUCAGGGUCUUAUUUGUCUAGAAUUUUUUUUAAAAAAAAUUCCAUUCCAUUACUAAGCAUUGUGCAACUUCCCAGUUGUGAAAUUUGCUUGUCUUUAAAUGUAUUACAAGUAUUUCUAAUAAAACCAAAAAUGCUUUUUGACCGUA